CAGGGCGCACGGUGCGGCGCUUCCUCCCUGCAGCAUGAAGCUGUCAGCACAUCGGACAGCCGAGAAAAAGAGGGAGAAAAACCCAAAACCUAUCUAUCCACUGCUUAAAUCGAAUCAAAGCGUCGACUCAAACAAAUUACAGCCGUGAUUGCAAGGGGAAGAAGGGGUGUGAGCCCUGGGAGACAUAAACACUUCCCCUUCCCUCUCCGAGCGACACGCAGGAGCGUGCAGCGGGUUUCGCAGUGCACAGCAGGCUGGAGCUCAUUACUGAACCAGAACCCUACGAGCUUGGAUCCACAAACGAACCUCUGAAGCCUGGAAACAUGACAGACAGGGGAGUUGUUUAUGUUGGAGGUAAAACAUCUUGACCGACUCUGACAGAUAACCAUCAUCAGCUGAGUUUCCCUGCAUACCAUCUGCAGAGGCUUCAUCUGGAUUCACGGUAGAGAGGGUGAUUUGAAUGGAGGACUGGUGAACAACAGAGCUGGAGGAUUCUUGGUGAAGGACACUUCUGCAAAGUUAGGCCAAAAGAGACGUUUUGAGGAUCAGGGGUGAAUGCUGGGGAGGAAAAAUCGUUCACAGCUUUGUGGGGAUGUGCAUCCUGGCUGCAGAUAGUGAGUCAUACCCUCUUCUGUCCGAACCAUCUUGGUAAAUAAAAGUCGAAGGAUUUUAGCUCAGCUGGUAAAUAAAGCCCUCUUCCUUCUGCACAGCGUGGGAGAAAGUGCUGCUGCAGUACUGGUGUGGCAUCUCAGUGAGGCUGAUAGCGGAGGUGAAAGCAGCGUUGAGAGAUCAUCUUUCAGUAUGAGCCACUCACCUUUCAUUGCCAUGGCCCUGUAAGCCGGCUGUGAGGGCCAAGCUGCUGGUGGGAACAGACUCAGACUCUCACGUGGUCGCAUUCUGCUUAGAGGCACAGCUCACCCAUGCAGAGCAUCUUCCACAUGAGGCAGAAGGCUCAUACAUGAGCGAGGAGUCAUGUGAUUGCUUGGAUGACCUUCAUAUGAGAUACACUUUGACAGACCUUUUUUUUCCCCCUUUAUGCCCAUUGGGUCUGUUCAGGAGUAAAGUGAGAGCUGGUAUUGAUUCCUCUACUUUAUGAGUUUUCUUCACUGUGACAGUGUGUCUCAAAGGCAGGGGGAGCCAGCAUGGCAAAGCCUCUCCUGAGGAUACAGCGAUACUUCUGCAGAAAACCCAUCCGAUUCUUCUCCCUCAUCUUGCUUUACCUGACUGCAGGGAGCCUUGUCUUCCUGCAUUCUGGCUUUGUUGGGGACAGCAGUCCCGGUGCCCGAGGGGGCCGGGACUCUAUAGUUGCUUCAGAGGCAGGCGGACGGGCUUCGUUAUCAGACACUCGGGGGCUUGGCAUCAUGAGCAGGGUAUUCAAGGAGACUCGCAGGUCCGGACGGAGAUUUGGACCUCGUUGGAUGAGGAGGAGCGGACAGACGGAGCACGACUCAGUUGGAAGAGGGGGAGACUAUACCAGCAGCUGGAAUCGAGCUCUUAAAGGGCGCAAUGCCAAAGACCUGGAUGAAGGAAGAGCAAAGUAUAUCGGCUGCUAUGUUGAUGACACUCAGAAAAGAGCACUGAGAGGAGUUUCUUUUUUUGACUACAAAAAAAUGACUGUAUUUCGUUGCCAGGACAACUGUGCUGAAAGAGGGUACAUGUAUGCAGGUUUGGAGUUUGGGGCAGAGUGUUUUUGUGGGCACAAGAUCCAGGCACCCAACGCUUCUGAUAGUGAAUGCAACAUGGAGUGUAAGGGAGAGAGGAGCAACAUGUGUGGAGGAGCCAAUAGACUGUCCAUCUAUAGGCUGGAGCUGAGCCAGGAGUCUGCACGCCGCUAUGGCAGUGCCAUUUUUAAGGGCUGUUUUCAUCGGCCAGACAAUGUCACAGCAGCUCUUCCCUUCAGUGCUGUCAUCCAAAACAUGUCUGUGGACAAGUGUGUGGACAUGUGCACAGAAAAGGAGAAAUCGUUGGCAGCUCUGGCUGGAGAGAGAUGUUACUGCGGCUUUCCAACUCCUCUCUUUUCCCUUCACGAGCUGGAAGAAGAGGACAUGUGCCUCCAACGGUGCCCGGGAGAAGAGUUUGAAAGCUGUGGAAAUGACAAGUUCUUUGUGGUGUACCAGACACAGGUUCAAGAUAACCGCUGCAUGGACCGGCACUUCCUUCCUGCCCGCACUAAGCAGCUGGUGGCCCUUGCCAGUUUCCCUGGGGCAGGCAACACCUGGGCUCGCCACCUUAUAGAGCUUGCCACCGGCUUCUACACAGGCAGUUAUUACUUUGAUGGUUCCCUUUAUAACAAAGGCUUUAAAGGGGAGCGUGACCACUGGCGGAGUGGAAGGACGAUCUGCAUUAAGACGCAUGAGAGCGGCCGGAAGGAGAUCAAUGCUUUUGAUUCGAGCAUCCUCAUGAUCCGUAAUCCCUACAAAGCCCUGAUGGCAGAAUUUAACCGCAAAUAUGGUGGGCAUAUAGGGUUUGCCUCACAGGCACACUGGAAAGGAAAAGAGUGGCCUGAGUUUGUCAAGAACUAUGCCCCUUGGUGGGCUUCUCAUACCUUGGACUGGUUGACUUAUGGGAAAAAUGUCCAUGUCGUCCACUUUGAGGAUCUGAAGAGAGACCUUUUUUCCCAGCUCAAGGGGAUGGUCCAGUUUCUUGGCCUGAAGGUCUCAGAAGAUAGGUUGCUCUGUGUCGAGGGCCAAAAGGAUGGAAACUUCAAACGUUCGGGGCUUCGUAAGCUGGAGUAUGACCCAUAUACUCCAGAGAUGCGUUUGAAUAUUGAUGAACUGAUCAGGACUGUAGACGCUGCUUUGAAGAAAAGAAAAAUGUCUGGAGUUCCUGUGGAAUAUAUGCCAAGAUGAUAAAUGUGAAUCCAAUUUAGUUUUUUUCCCCUCCUUUUAAGAAUACUUUUCUGUCAAUAGACAGGGCACCACAUAUUGUUGGGUUUAGUUUUUUCCAAGUUUUUUUCAGGAUUAUUUUUUUGAUUAAUUUAAAAAUAUAGUGAGAUAUUUGCUUCUAUACUUAUUUGUCUCUGAUCUUGGUUUGUUUGUCAUACUUGCAUAAUUUCCACUUGCAUAACUUUUUCUGGAGAUGUUUGUGUUUUCCUAUUUAUAAAGCACUCCUUGCUCUAUGCACAUGUGCUGUGUAGGCAUGUGUACAUGCCUUAUUAUCAAGAAGGUACAAAACCUACAACUGCAGCAAAGCUCCUCUUUUGGGAUGUGCUGAAUGAUGUGUUUUCAAUAGCAUUUAGCACAAGUUGGAGAAAACAGUACUGUAAAGUCUGUUGAAUAAGUCUGUUUUGUGCAAAAAAUAAAACUUUUAAAGACAAAUCAACAUGCCUAUUUUGCAUUGCUCCAGCAUUAAAAGCUGUUUUAAAUGUAAAUGUCUCCGAUCUUUAAAAUAUUGUAACCUGAGAGGAUAGAUGCUAAAUCACUGAUGACAAUGUUUCCAAAGUAGACCUAUAGGUCUUUUCUUUUAUUUUCCUUAAAUGCAUUCAUGUUUGUGGUGCACUGCACAAGCUGACAGAUUUGUAUUUUGAUUUUUUUCUCUUUUUAAACACUGGAUUUAAUGCUACAAAAGGAAUCCAAAAAGCACUACACUGUGCAACACCUUCCCCAAAGAUUACCUGAAUUAUCAAAGUUUCCCUGUAGGUUGAAGAUCACCUUAAUGUGUUAUUAUAGAUGUAGGUUUUAUUUUUUUCAUUGCUUUUGAAGAAAGCUGUUAAAAACUUUUAGUCAUUUAAUUGUUAAUUAUGAAAAUAAAUAGACAAGGAUAGUGUGUCGACAGUCAAAUAUCUAAAAAAUUAAUCUGUAUUAUUUGUCACAACUUUAGAAAUACAUAAUUGUAUAAAAAGAAAUACAAUGAACAAUGCUGGGGGAUCCCCUAUAGCCAAAAGGUUUUAACUGACUUCCAUUUUCAGUAUAGUAUUAUAAAUAAUAUAUUUUUAUAUUAUAUGCUGACACUUGAGAAAUAUUUGUAUUAAAAUGAACAAAUGGGAGAAGCUGUUUCUCUUUUCAACAUAUGCUCUAAGUUGUAUUGGUUUCGGCUAUCAUUGACAAGCUGGCACUUUCAGAGCAGGUGUCAUAUCUGAAUGUAUUUUCCAUGAACUGAAUGUAAGGUAAAAAGACACAAUAAAGGAAUA